GGCCGGCGAACAAGUGUACCGCCUGCAGAAAAUGGACCGAGGUCCUUUCAGCAUUACUGUGUCCUAGGUACCUUAGGUAAGGUAGGCAACAACGACUGACACCCAGACACGCGAUUGGAUACCAGAUCGCGGGCCUGUCCGGGCCUGGGACAAAGUCUCUAGUAUGCUCGUGGCUUCCUUCUCACCCGUUUUUCAAGCAUAGUAACUAUGUAUCGGGCACCAUGACGGAGACACAAGAGGAAGCACAAUACUGGUCACUGUUCGAGUCCACACAAGGCCACACAUAUCCUGAGUUUGUCAGGCGCCUGUCUCACCAGGAGGGGCCUCUCAGAGAAGAAGCGAGGGCCGUCUUGAUCACCUUUCAGGAUGGUGCAAAGCCGUCGGUUGAGCCAUCGAGCCGACCUCUGGCGUCUUCGGGAGCGCUCAGGAACCGUUUGAACAGCACUGGGCAUGGAAAUCCUGGAGUACGUCGACGGUUGAUCGUCCUCGAGGGCCUGGCUAGAAAUUAUAUACAGGUUAUCGGGACCAAGUUGCAAGUUCCACCCGAUUUCUUCGCGUCCCAUUGGAUUGCGCCAGGCUACAAUGGCGACCUUGUCAACCAAGCAGUUCGUCAUUAUGACAAUAAGUAUCGGUUUAGGCUCGGCUUUUCCAAGCUGCACCAGGCAAGGGUCGAGGCGCUUCCUGAAGACGAGAAGAGUCCGUUCUACCAAAUGGAUUCGAUUACCCGGCGUAUCGUUUCGCGUACAACAAUCUUUGGGGAUGAGGACGGUCCUCUAGUAAGCGCUGAGCAUGUCUCAUUCUGGAGCAAGUUGGAUGGAGAGAGCUGGGAUGCUGUUCUCCUUGUUGACGCACCUCUUGGGAGAUUCGUAUGGUGGCAGGACUCAAGAACUCCGAGAAAGGUCACUCAAAUAGAUCGAAUCGACGUUGCCGGCCCGGGCUUCUCAUUCCUCAACCAGACGGGGUCGUGGUAUCCACCCAUUAUUCCGGAUGAAAAGCCGUUGUCCGCCUCGAGCGCCGCUUCCACGUUCAAGACCCUUAUCGAGCUCUAUCCCCUGCGCGAGCGCCCGUCUACUUCGGAUCCCAACUCUUGCGUGGAUUACGUCCGAAUCCUGGUUCUUUCGGCCUGGACAGCCCGCAUACGUGCCAUUGAGUGCCGGCUCGUCAAGGAGCAGCUCGCGCUGAGCAUCGUCGACCUGUCCCGAGCUGAGGUUCCCACGUACGAGCGGUCCUGGACACGGCCCUGGCACCCUCGCGACUUUGCGCGUCUGGUCCACGCCAAAUCGUCACUCGAGGCUCUCGACUGGGAGCUGCGACGCAACAUGGACGCGCUGGGCAUAGGCUCCUCGGACAGCCCGAGAACACCAGAACCGUGGGAGGCGGAUGCAUGGCAGGGCCUGCGCGUCGCCAUCGGCAAUCUGAAGGCCAGGCUCGAUGUCAUACUGCAGGCGUACAUGCAGUCGAUUUCGGUGCGCGAGACGAGCGACGCAAACAAACAGGCGCGACAAGUUGGGUAUUUGACCUCUCUGGCGACCAUCUUCCUCCCGCUGUCCCUUAUCGCCGCUGUUUUCUCCAUGGGCGGAGACUUUGCGGCUGGGGGGAGCCGGUUCUGGGUGUAUUGGGCUGUUGCAGUCCCCGUUGCCGCAGUUGGAUGUGUGAUGCUCUUUGCAAGGCCUGCAAUAAGGGCUGGAAGACAGAUUGUGAAAAGGGUGUCCGAGGCGGAGGCCCUUGUGUAGUUAGCUUGAGAAACUUAUACUACUACUAACCUACUAUCAACCCUAAGGUAGGCGGUUAAGUUGACGAGAUAUUAUUGCUCUUGUUU